AUGCAGGCCGGGAAAGGGGACCUGCUGAUCGCUCUAACCACUGAGCUAUGCACCCAGAUGCUACUGGCUACUGCUUCUUUCCAUCACAGGUCCACAGCCAUCAACCAGGCAUUCAUUAGCUUCCUGUGGCUUCGGCGCGAAAGUGAAAGGGAGAACUGUGCGGUUGAAGCUUUCGCAAGUGAAUUCUGCCAGCAUGGACAGUUUCCCUUGCUGUACUAUCGAUCCAGGCAGAAAGUUGAGCGGUGCACAUUUAGUGAGACGGAAAUUUUGGCGGAGCUGGAAGUAACAGGAGGCUCAGUGCCUUUAGCCUCCAAGGUGAAAGGGAGAACUGUGCGGUUAACGGACACAAGCCAAGCUUCGGCCUUGGCGCAGAAAGGUUAUAGCUCAACAAGUGCACAAGUAAAUUUGGAAGUGGCGGAAUACGCCCUGCCAAAGACCUUGCCGCUCUUCGCAUGCUUCACAAUAGGAUUGCUGGCACACGUCGGCUCUGUUUUCAGUGGACAGGCCUAUGUGAAGCUGACAACUAGCAGCAGUAGCGCCCUGUUUUUUCCAAAACCCCGUUUUGGUCUGCGGGUCGAUGCUUGGCUGCGGAAGAAGACUGGCCGCAGUUUGAACAUCCCCAAGCCACUUUUGCUUGCGCAGAGCCUUUGUGUACGAGAGAUUCUGCAUCCCUGUUGCAUCAUGGUCUUGCCCAGAUUGCUGGCACACGUCGGCUCUGUUUUCAGUGGACAGGAGAUGUGGUCAUGGUAUGACAAGAAAGGGACUGACCCGAGGCUUGCGGGUACAAGCAUGCAGAAGGUGCAGACUCAGUUGAGGAAGGAAAUCCGCGCAGUUUCCGACGAAAACUCCGCUCUCCAGAGAGCUAAGCCAGCUAAGCCAGCUAAGCCCGCUAAGCCGAAGUCUUCUUUCUACCACUUGGAGAGGAAGGCUCUUCAGAAUUCGCAGCCGCUGAUGCUUCAUGCCUCGCUGAGUUGUCAAUCUGCCAUGGUUUUGACCAUGGUGGUUGCUGUUUCCGCAUGGGGAAUGCAGUGUAGGCAUGCUGGAGUGGCCAACUCCAUGCAGUAUCUCGUUUUGCUGCCUGGCCUCGCUUUGGCAGACCGCGGCGAGCUAUUCGCUCAGUCCCGCACGCAUGAGGACCAGACAGGCACGGGCAAAAGCACAAGUGCGCUCCAACGCGCGCAAACAAAGAUCGCCAGGGAUGAGGAUCCAAGUGGACGUGCGGGACAGCUUGCGAUUGUUGCUGUCAAUCUUCAGAAGGAAAGGAUCAUGCCGUUGCAAGCCUUCAUUGAGUCCGCCAGGAUCGACUGCUACAACAACUUGGUGCUCUUAAAGAACCUAUGGGACCGCACUGCUUGGGGCAAGGGAAAUGUAGUUCGUGCCCAGAAAGACCAGCAGAAAAGGAGCGCCUAA